AUGAGUAGCUUAUUUGUUUCUGUUACCAUCACCCCAUGUGCACCAAUGGCUCGUGUUGAAGGGGUUAUUAAAAAAAUGACCAUUGGAUAUUCAAACACUAUGCAACAUUGUCAUAAAACAAAUAAUCAAAUAUUGACACAACCAAGUAUACCAAUGAGUAAUUAUGGUCUUGAUAAUGAAACAGGGGAUUUGAUUAUUAGGAUAGAUGAUAUUAUUGGGUCAGCAACUUCAAUGGAAGGAAUUCAGUUUUCUAUGGAUCAAAAAACAUUAACACGAUAUAGAGUUGUCCAAUUACUUGGUCAAGGAACAUUUGGUCAAGUUGUUAAAUGCAUUGAUUUAAGUACAAACAAGUAUGUAGCCAUUAAAGUUUUAAAAAACAAACCAGCAUAUUUUAAACAGUCGUUGAUUGAAGUGACAGUUCUACAUUUCUUAAAUGAUUAUUAUGAUAAUUCUCCACAUAGUAGAAUAUUAAAAAUGUUAGAUUAUUUUAUGUAUUAUGGUCAUAUUUGUAUAGUCACUGAAAUGCUUGGCCUUGAUUUAUAUGAACUUAUGAGAAGAAACAGAAAUCAUGGGUUUUCUAUCCAGACAAUUCGUAAAUUUGUUCAACAAAUUUUGAGGGCAUUACUUGUAUUGUCUAAAGGUAAUAUUGUCCAUUGUGAUAUUAAACCUGAAAAUGUUUUAUUAGUUGGACAAACAUCAAAAGUUAAACUGAUUGAUUUUGGUUCAGCUUGUUUUGAAAAUUAUACAUUGUAUUCUUAUAUACAAUCUAGACAUUAUAGAGCACCUGAAAUUGUAUUAGGACUUCCAUAUUCAUGUGCAAUUGAUAUGUGGUCAGUUGGAUGUAUGACAGCAGAAUUCUUUUUAGGUUAUCCUCUUUUUGGAGCAACAAGUGAAUAUAACUUAUUAUUUAAAAUGAUUGAAAUGCUUGGAACACCACCAAUAGAAAUGCUUGAAAGAGGAACUAAAACACACAAAUUUUUUUAUAACGAAGAAGGAACAUAUUUGUUUAAAGAACAAUUUGAAUAUGAAUAUGAAAAUAAUUGUAAAAUCCCACCAAAUAAAAGUUAUUUUAAAUACAAAACAUUAAAAGAAUUAAUUUCAUUAAAUCAAAUGAGAGUCUCAAAUGCUGAACCAGUAUCAGCAGAUAAUGUUAGAGAUUCUCUUUAUGAUUUCUUAAAACGGUGUUUGGCAUAUGAUCCUAAAGAACGAUUAACACCUGACCAAGCACUUAAUCAUCCAUUUAUUACUGAUAGACCACUUGAAGAAUAUAUUCUACCUCCUCGAUUGUAUCCAUACAUAGAAUAUGGUAAAACUGUUAGUUUAGAACAAAACGAUUUUGUUAACAUUAUGUUAAAAGAAAUUCCAGAAUUAAGAUAUAUUCGUGGAUGUUAUAAUACUCAACAAUACUUUAAAAUAUAUAAAACUGCUCUUGAUCAUGGACAUGUAGUUAAUAUAUUAGCUGAUUCUCCAUUACGUGGAACAAUUACACCACCAUCACUCUCAUCAGUAUUUAUUCCACUUCCAGAUCCUAGUCUGGACUAUAUCCAUCGGCAACAAACAUUACCAAGAUAUUUCCUUGCAACUUCUGUUAAAGUUGACCAACCAAUAUUACGGUUUCAAACAACACUUAAAACAGAAACUAAAGAAGAGACUGGAACUGGUUUAAUAAAGUCUAAUCCAAGAAGAAUAGUACCAACACUACACAAUGACAAAAAGAAAGGUGUUUCAUUACCUACAUCAUUAGAAUCAUCACCUGGAAAAACAACAAGUUCUGCAUCUAAAUUACAUAAAUUAAUGAAAAUGGAAGAAAAAAUAGAGAAAGAACGAGAAAAACAACUUGAAAAGGAAAGAAAGAAAGAGGAAAAACAACGAAAAAAAGAAGAAAAGAAAGCAAUUAAAGCAAAUAGUCGAGAAAGUAGUAAAGAACGAUCUUUUGAUAAGGCAGAAGAAAAAUCAAAAAAUUUAAUCACAUCAAAGAAAAUAACAAGAAAUUCUAGUAACAUAAAUUUAACAGGAAGUUUUAAAGAUAUUUAUUCAGUUGGAAGUGUUCAAGAAGGAACAAUUAAUGAAGUUACAUUAGCAUUACCAAAAAGAUCUGAUUCUAUGGGAUCUAUUAAAAAGAAAAAAUGGGGAUUUUCUUUUUUCCACAGGGAAAAGAAAGACAAAAAAGAUUCAACAAGUCAACAAGAUUCUCUCAAUUCACAUGACUCUGAAAUGUAA